UUAGGAAGUUUAAAGAGGGACUAAUAGGGAAAAAAGGGUUAUGGAGCACCACCAGACAGUUCAACGCCCCCCGGAAGGGCAGAAAGGGCACCCCAGGUUGGUGGACAACUGUUUGGUGUACGUCUACCAAUUUUAAACUUUAUAUUCUAAUUUUAAAUCAACACUAAAUCUUCAAAAUUUCCUAUUUCCAUAAAUUUUACUAACCCUUUGAGAAAAACUAUUUAUCUCCAAAUGGUUAAAUAUACCCAGAAAUCACCAAAACAUUUACAAAAGAGCCCAAAACAUAGAUAUGUGGGAUGAGUAGAGAGAUUCUUGACUGCUUGAAACGUGAACGAGAUAUUUGGGUUAAAACCAUAAUACCCAGCCAAAAUACGGCCUUCAUGUAUAGACCCCCGCGUAAGUUCAGUAACAUGAACAGUUCAUAUCGGGGUAUUUAAAUAAAAUUUCACGUUACGUAACUCAACAUGUUUUCAUUCAGGUCAGAGAGUAGACAUGGCUUGGCAGGAUUGACCCGUUACUAUAUGCCUUUCCUUCCCUGAUUUGGUUAUCGACGGAUAAAGAUAGGGUUCUACCACCUAGCUCUCUGUAUAACCCGUUCGAAAACUACGGGUUAACAUUACCACUCACAGACGAUUUAAGUCACGCCAAGGUAACAUUUGUCAGUCAUGCUGAGCGAAGGAAGAACGAAGAAAAAGCGGGACUGUUGCCGAGCGAGGACGAAGAUAUGUUUGUUAGUUACAUCAGGAAUAUUUCUUCUUGUACUCGGCACCGUGUGUUUCACCCAAGCAAACAAAUGGAUACAAUCGAUUAUAAACUCGCAGCUUGUUAUAAAACCGAGCUCUGCUCUGUAUGAGCAAUGGAGGUCACCUACUGUGCCUGUUCGGAUGCAGUUCUACAUGUUCAAUGUAGAGAAUCCACUGGAGGUAAAACAGGGAGGCCACCCUUAUGUCAGUCAGAAAGGACCCUACUGCUACAGGGUUCAUCAGACCAAGAAGAACAUCACUUGGAACAACAAUUACACGGUUUCGUACAACAAGUUUACCAAGUAUGUCUUUGAUACCGAUUGCUCCUGUUCCUCGUGUGAUCCGUACACAAAUACAGUCACACUGCCUAAUGUACCGCUGGUUAUUCUAUCAGAAGUUUCCAAAACCUAUCCUGGAUCAUCGAUGAUAUUUAGCAUCAUUUUCGAACGUUUCAAGGAAGAGUUCUUUAAGAUAACUACUGUUGACGAGUUACUGUGGGGAUACCAAGACCCCGUGUUCGAGUUUUUUGCCGAGAUCAAGCGCAAGUAUCACUUAUCUUUUCUUCCAGAUAUCGACCCUAUUUUCCGGAUGAUGGAUAACAACAGUCUAGAUGGCGUCGUGACUACUUACACUGGGGCAUCAGACAUCAGCCGAGCUGCAGUCUGGACCGAGUGGAAGGGAAAACCCAAUGUAGGUUUAUGGAACUCAUCCUGGGCAAACAUGCUCAACGGAAGCGACGGUAUGCAAUUUCCUCCUCAAACCAGCACCGAUGAUACGCUGUACGCGUUUUAUGUGCAGCUGUGUAAGUCCAUGCGCUUUGUAUAUGGUUCGCAAACAACUGUUCACGGCGUGGACACGUUGAGGUUUACAUACCCCGAAGAGUUGUGGCAAAACGCAAGUGUUAACCCUGCAAACAGAGGCUUUUGUCCUAAUGGGUGUUUUCCAAGCGGGAUACUUGAUGCAAGCGUUUGUAAAGACACUCCUGUUGCAGUGCCAGCGAUAGUUGCCUCUGAACCCCAUUUCUAUCAAGGUGAUCCAUCUCUGGUCAGUAAUGUAGGAGGCUUAGACCCAAUAAAGGAAGAACAUGGCACCUUUUUCGACAUUGAACCGCACUUUGGUCUCCCUCUUCAUUUAAGUUUACGGCUUCAACUAAACGUGAAUAUUAAACCUACAAAAUAUAUUCUACAAAUGGCAGGCGUCAAAGAGGUGAUACUGCCCAUCGUGUACUUAAACAACAGCGUGUCAGUGGAUGCGUCAACAGCCAACACUAUGAAACAAGUCUUGACUGCCAUGAAAGCUGUUCCUUGGGUCUCGGGAACGUUGAUUUGUAUCGGGACUAUUGAACUUGUGAUCGCCUUUUGCUGGAUCUUAAAGCGACUAAAAGAAAGAUCGCACGUUAACGAUGAGAGGACACCACUGAUUGCAAAUGGGGAAUCCACUAGAACGUAAUUUACUUUAAUUUUUAGCAUGCUUAGAUAGUUUCUUUAUAUAAUUAAUUUUGUAUCGUGGAGGUAACGCGCGCACAAAAUAUAGCUGAAUAUAUAAUCAAUCUCCGCUUUAUAUAUAUUUGCUAUAUUCCACUUCUUCUUAUGACCAAUGAGACUCGAUGUGCUGAUAGAACGGCUUAUCAAUCUCUCAGUUUAAACCUCGGUUUCAUUCUUCAUCGAUUUUAUUCCAAAACACCUACUUUGAUCAUAAAAAAUUUCACUCACAAAGUCACGAACGUUGUCGCGUUAUCGUGCCUAGCCCUGAUAAAAACGUUUUUUUUCUUUUUUUCAUUGCUCGUAGAUAGGAGAACGCGGUUUUGUUACAAGCUGCGAGUUGAUAAUCGACUGACCGAGUACAAGCCGGCAGAAAUAUUCCUGAUACCAGCGUAAAACACAUCUUUUUCCUCGCUGUAGGGCAGCCGAAAUUUUCCAUGCCCCUCCAAUGGCGCGCCAAUUUCAAGUGUUGACCAGAAUUUGUACGCCCACUCAUGCAUAUUUGUGGUUUCAGCUUACACUGCAGAGGUUACACGGCGAGCAGAUCUCUAAAUUAGCUCGUGUUUUAGUCGCACAGGAAUGAUUGGCAAUUCGGGUAUGACAAAAGGAAAGCCAACUGGAUGACACUGCAGUGUCGGGAGCAUCGGAAAAGUGUAAUUCCUCCCCCCGGGGGGG